GUCAUUUUGGAAGAUGUGAGGGUGCCGGCAGCAAACCUUAUCGGGGGGAGGGGCAACGGCUUUCGAAUAGCAAUGACUGGGCUGGAUGGUGGGAGAGUGAACAUCGGUGCAUGCAGUGUGGGAGGGGCACAGUUCUGUCUCGAGUAUGCCCAGCAGUAUGCAACGGACAGGAAACAGUUUGGCAAGCCAAUCACGGCCUUCCAGAACACGCAGUUCCAACUGGCCGACAUGGCAACAGCGGUGGAGGCAUCUCGCCUGAUGGUUCGCAGUGCUGCCACCGCCAUUGAUGUGAAUGCACCCUGGGCGACAACAGCUGCUGCCAUGGCCAAGAGGUUUGCAACAGAUAACUGUUACCAGGUGGCCAAUCAGGCGUUACAGAUGCUCGGAGGCUAUGGGUUUCUACAAGAUUACCCUGUGGAGCGAUACUUGAGGGAUCUUCGAGUGCACACCAUUCUAGAGGGUACAAACGAGAUAAUGCGCCUCAUUAUAGCACGCCGCCUAUUACAACCGUGA